AUGUGGGGACAGUCGUCGAGGGGGUUUGAUAGAAAGAAUGCCUACUUCAGGCCGAUCGAGGACGACGAUCAGAUGGCGUGUUCGUCGAGUUCGCCCUCGGCUGCGUCGUCGCCCGUGUCGUUCUGGUCUACGGCUUCCGCUGCUACCUCGACCAAGUCUGCUGGCGUGAGCGAAGACGAUCUGCUGACAUCGCUGCACGAGGAAGCUCGCAAGGAUCGUGAGCGCAUGAAGCUCAUCAACGAGCUCAUCCUGUCCGAACGUGAAUACGUCCAGGACCUCGAAGCCAUCAACUCCUUGUUUCUCCAGCCGCUGCGCAAGCGACGAAUCGUGCCUGAGAACGACGUUGGGCAGCUCUUCUCUACCCUGCCGGCCAUCAUCUCCCUCAACAAGGCCCUCCUGAGCGCCGUCGUGGGCAGCUACACCCAGGCCGAGGCCUACAACCGCAGCAUCGACGCCACCGUCGCCUCGCUCGUACAGAACAGGGGCAGCUGCACCAACAGCGGCGGCGCCCGAGGCCACGGCUUCAGCGCCGUCAUGACCGCGCGCGGCCUCAUCAGCCUCACGAGCGUCAAGCGCAAGGAGUGCCUCAUCGCCGACGCCUUCCAGCAGAUGGCGAGCUACCUGAAGGUCUACACGACCUACUCGACCCGCUACGUGGACGCCGUGGCCAUGAUUAAGCGCCACCGUGCGGCCAACCCGGCCUUUGGCGCCUUCCUCGAGGAGGUCAAGGGCGCCCCGGAGUGCCGCGGCCGCGACAUGAAGACCCUCAUGCUCCGGCCGGUCCAGCGCCUGUGCCAAUACAUCACCAUCCUGGACGACCUCGUGCGACGCACCCCGCGCACCCACGGCGACUACGACCUCCUGACCCAGACCGCCGCCAAGGUCCAGGAAACGGCCCGCAGCGCCGAGGAGUCGCUCCUCACGCUCCAGAUGGCCGCCAAGGACGCCGACGACGACGAUGAGCGCACCACCACCUCGCCAAUCGGCAUCAGCAGCAACAACAACUCGACCACUCCGCGCCGUACGGGCUCGCGGGGCUCGUCGGGCAACCGGCGGCGGAAGGUCAGCCUGUCGGAGGAGCGGCCUGCGCGCAUCGAGCGAAGGCGCGACAGCCUGGCCGACAUGCCCGACGUCACGCUCGAGCCCACGACCACCACGGCCACGUCGCAGCAGGACGCGAGCCGACAGCCCAAGCGACAGGUCAGCUGGCGAUUCAGCCUCGGCCGCGUGUCGGCGCUCAGUGGCGGGCACGUCCAGCAGCGGUCGUUCUCCGUUGGCGACCGCGCAGAGAGCGGCGAGUCGCUGCUGUCCCUCCUGGAGAGGGAGAAGCAGCAGGGCAGCAGCGGAGCGUCCACGGCGGCGCCCCACGCGAAGGGCGGCAGCGGUGGCAGCACCGGGAGCCGCAGGCAUCGGGGCCUCAAGCGCGGCGGUUCACUCACGAACACGGGGAGCAUCGACAAGGCCCAGCCCCGACGGGUCAACUCCGCCGUCUCCCUCUGCCGAUGCGAGAGCGCCACCGGAGUGACCUUCAAGGGCGGCCUCGUUUGCUGA